AGGAUUUUUUUCGUCGGGGUUGGAGAGAGGUGGUAUAGAAAAAAACAAAGAUACAAGAACUUCUCCACUACAACCUCCGACGAGAGGACCUCGGACGAGCGGAGCAACAUUAUGCGACCCGACACUUCUCGCGACCCGUCGUGCUGAAAACAACAUGCGACAGCACAGCAACUCACGGAAAGAAGAUGAACACGCGGAAGAAGUUCUACUUUUGACCACUUUCUUUCUUCACUGUCCUCGUUAAUUAUAGCCUUGGCGCUAUGGUAGCAGGCGAAUGUCCGGCACGACAGGGGAAGCAGUAGAAGCAGCGUGCAACGACGACCUGACAGAGGACAUCAACGGAGUAGACGUCCCCACUGGUCGGAUCACUCGUCGCAUUUCUACGCAAACCGACUUCGGCGAAGACUACAGCGGCGCAAGCUUCUCCCCACAGCAGCAGCAGGACCAGCACGACCACUUUUCUUCCUCUCUCCACGACCCGGUCGCACUCGCUGCCGUUGCAGCCGCGAGGGACAGGCAUCAAGUAGAGCACAGCGUUUCUGUGGAAGAGCCGGUAAACUGCUGCGUCUCCGUGACCGCCAAGCGGCUGUGGUAUUCUGAGUAAAAACGUCCCCAUACGACCAGAGUCAAGAUGGAAAAUCAGCUAGACAAAUCGGCCAACUUUGGUUGUUUCGCAUGACAAGUUUCGAUCCUUGUAGUGUAAUCCUGUUUAGCUAGUUCAGCAGCAUGACAGGUCUAGCAUAUCAUGCCACUUCUAGCAUCACAAAUCCCAAAGCACGACUAGAAAAAGCCUCGCAUGGGGCUUCGCAUGAGAACCUUUUUCGGCAUGCAGAUUUGCAUGACAGCUCUGGGGCGGGGAUGUUUUUACUCGGAAUAUGUGGACCAGCAUGUUUCAGCGCGCUGCAGCUCCGGCGUUGCCGCCCUCCAACCUGCGGGCUGUAUCCUGUGCAAAAGUACUAUCGUACUCGUAGUAAUCGCAGUCAUGCAUUACAAAUCUCCGUCCCAAGGUUAAACAGCAUGACAAAUUCCAUGCGUCAUGCUGAGCUAAUUUGUAUUGCAAUUAGUACUAGCACGAUACUUUUGCAAUUCAUAGGCGGGGACAAGCGGCCACUCAGUAGCAGGCUCAACCAGCAUCAGCCCGAAUGAACAGGAUUACUACACCGUGCGCUCCUACCAGACCGGUAUUCUGAGUAAAAACGUCCCCACCCCAGAGUUGUCAUGCAAAUCUGCAUGCCAAAAAAGUUUCUCAUGCGGAGCCCCAUGAGAAGCAUUUUCUAGUCGUGUUUUGGAUUUUGUGAUGCUGGAAUCGGCAGCACCGUAGGCUAGAUCUGUGAUGCUGCUGACCUACCUCAAACAGGAUUGCACUACGAGGGCAAACUUGUCAUGCGAAGCAACUACAGCUGGUUGAUUUGUCUAGCAGAUGUCCCAUCUUGACUCUGGUGUGGGGACGUUUUUGCUCAGGAUAACCGGGCUUCUACCUGGUUCGAAGACCUCCAGUCGCGGGUCCACCCCGACCUUUCAGUCCGCCUUGCAGAGUAUGCAUUGCAAAUAUGUCUGGAUGUCUGGAAGGGUGUGAACUUGUGAUGCGCAUUUCACAAAAUAUACAAAUCUCUCAUGCGUAGGCAGCAAAAGAUUUACUGCCACCAAAGUGGGGGAUUUGUCAUGUGGAUUAGGCAUUUAUAAUUGCGGAAUCUUCAUCUCCAAACCUGUGAUGCUAGGGCUUUCAUGCCAGAGCCUCUGUGUCAUGCAAAAACUACAGCACGACUUCUUCCAGACCCACACAUAUUUGCAUUUGAUACAGAGUCCGUUCGGGCAGAGCACGUCCGGAAAGAUGUUGGCCACCACGACCCCGCAUGACCACGUCCAGAGCGGGACACCAUCAUCAACUACAUCAUUACUCACCGCUAUGCAGCAGCGACACACCGUGGGAGGAUCUUCUGUCGGAACAACAUCUUCAAGUUCUGCUUCCUCUUCGCACCUGCUUUCCCAUAGCAGCAGUGGCUCCAGGUUGCAUCAUCUUCACCAGCAGCAGCUGCGCACUGCGUCGCAAUCGACGACGU